ACAGUGUAUACUAUCGUCCUGAAAUAAUGCCAGAAGAAACGUCCACCGCGUCAAGCUACGGGAGUGCGGAGGAAAACCCUUGCUCCUCCUCAUCAGCCGCAGCUGCUGCAGACAGCUCUGUGGACAUUGCAGAGGAGGCAAAGAAGCUGAUUGGCACAGGGAACAGGCACCUAGUGAUGGGAGAUGUUGUUUCUGCUGUCAGAGUCUUCCAGGACGUCUGCGGCAUGCUGGCUGCAAAGUAUGGGGACACAGCAGAGGAGUGUGGCAAGGCCCACUUCCUGUGUGGGAAGUCCCUCCUGGAGCUUGCCAGGAUGGAGAACAGUGUGUUUGGAAAUGCCCUGGAGGGAGGCCCAGAAGAGUCUGAGGAAGAAGAGGAGGAGCAGCCGAACAGCUCAAAUAUCGAGAGUGCCAACAAUCUUGAUGAAGAACGAGAUGACCUACGAAACCAGGUGUAUGAUGCCAUGGCGGAAAAGGCUGAGGCAGGUGACAUCAAACUGGAGUCCGAGGAAGGAAAGGGCACCACUGAGGUGAAAAAACAAAACUGUGUGUCUCACAGCAAACCUGAGGUGAAGGGAUCUAGCUCUCCUGUGAGUAAGAAGGAAAAUAGUUCAGUUCCAAAAGUGAACGCAGUUGAGAAGAGCCCUGGUGCUGCUGUAAAUGGUGUGUUCAUACGGUGUGUUCAUACGGUGUGUUCAUACGGUGCGUUCUUUAAUGGAUCACAGUUCGCAAAUAAAGGAAUAUGA